CUGUCAUUCAUGGUCAUAUAAGGUUUCGUACUACAAAUAAACGGAUUUAGCGAAACGCCGUGAAUUCGUAAGCCUCUUCGUAUUUGUGACUUUUUCGCUUUUAACAACGUGUCGUAGAAGAAAGAUGGAAGAACUAUAUGACUAUUCUCGGCAUAGAUAUUGUAUUUUUAUUGAUUUGGGCUAUGACUUCAUCAACUCUGGAGCGGUAGCCAUUCAUAGACUUACAAGAAAUGAUCAAAGUUCUGAACACGAAUACCGUACCUCAAUUUUAUAUGACACUACCACCAGAAAUGUCAUUGCCAGAGGAAACAAGGCCGAUGAAGCGAAUGAGGAACCAAAAGGGUCCCAAGAAGGCGUUAUUUAUAUACGCAACACCUUAAGCGAGCUUGCUGACAUUUAUUUAAAAUCAAAGCAACAAUACUUUGACACUACGGCACUGUACGCGCUCUUGUACGAGGAAGCUAUAGACCUGUUACAAAAAAUACUGGAUCGUUAUAAACAAAAAUUCAAUAGUGUUAUGGAUUUUUUUUAUUCUUUGAAUCUUCCAACCAGUUGGGAUUAUAAAAUAAGAGAAGAAUUGUUUCGACCUCUAUUCGUAAAGGCUGGUCUUCUUCAUGAAAUUGAUGGUCCGGGCAGGCUGGUGUUUUUUUCAAUGUUAGAGUUAAAUUUUCAGAACAUACAGGUAGGUAGAUACGACUAUGCUGAUAGAAACUUAAAGUAUGGUGAUCAGCGCGUUAUAUGUACAAUAGAUUAUCAAGGUACAUACUCCGUGGAUUUGAAAUUGGUAUCAGUUCAAUAUUCUGCUUUCAGAUUAGCAAAUAGAAAGAUGGUGCCACAAUUGUUGAAACAAGCUCAUUUUGUAAUCCCGUUUGGACUAAAGGAACUACGAUUGUCAUUAAUGGCAUGUGUGGAAAAGCAUUGUGAUACUACGUUAUCAUCAGAAUCUAUCGAUGACAUGGUUGAAAAACUCAGUCAAGGGUACAAAGGAUUUGAUGAUAUCAGAGAAAAUGAUGGUUUAGAUGAUCAGCCAUUCCCAGACUUGAAAUCUCGCUUGACGAAUGACUCAAUCACUUUAGGGGACAUGCUUGAACAUUUUUCAGGUUAUGCAGAAAAAUUCUUUAGAAAUGAAGUAGAUAAAUUUCUUGUAGGCAGGAGCAACAUAUUUAUUGUUGGUCGGAAAAGUAUUUCAGGGUAAUAAAAGAAUCUUACGCAUCCGCGGAAACCGGUGUUGCUUACCCCGUAUUCGAUCUCUUUGACUAUCAUCACCGAACAGAUGCAACUCGAGAGCUUUUAAAAAACCAAGUCGAAGAAUUUAACGUGCGCAUAAACCCAGUUACACUACCCAACGAAACAACAAUGGAAGAACCCAAAAGUUGCUUAAAACCUAUUACCUUCAUCAAUAUCGGUAAAUUGACUCCUUAGUAGUAUCGGCUUCGU